CAAACGCGAACAGUUUGUCCCUUGUAAGCUGCCGUUGAUUGUGAAAAUAUCAGCGCUAUUGAAACGCAGCAGCUACAUGGCGAAAAUGAGAAAUUAUUCAAUCGUCAGAAUGCAGUCAACUGUAUAAAUUUACUGACAAUUUAAAAUAACAUCUGUCAGUCAGUUUACCUUCUUUGUAACGGCGCGAGCUGCGGUAAAUCCACGUGUAAAGGACACACGGGCCCUCUGGUUGUGCUGUAUGAUGGAGUCAUGGGUGAGAUUCAGCGCGCAGAGUCAAGCCAAAGAGCGCGUGUUCAGGGCUGCCCAGUAUGCAUGUACGCUUCUGGGAUAUACGCUGCAGAAAGGAGGCGCGAGUGCAGAACUUCUCAACACUAUUAAACAUCUAGAGUCUCACAUGAGCUUGACCAGAAAACUGAUGCGGUUAGGGAACUCUGCAGAAGCUCUGGAGGCAGCCAAACGCUCUGUACAUCUGUCAGACUGUGUGCUGCGUCUUUGCAUCACGGUCACCCAUUUAAACAAAGCAAUGUAUUUUGCCUGUGAUAAUGUACUGUGGGCUGGUAAAACAGGACUGCUUCCUGAGCUGGACCAAAACAAGUGGAGUCAAAGGUCAUUUAGAUACUACUUGUUCGCCCUCAUCCUCAGCUUGACCCGAGACGCAUAUGAAAUCCAUCUGCUGAUGGAGAGAGAGUCCCGCAGCAGUUCGGCUAAAAGCUUUAACUCCAGUUCUUCCCCCCUCACUCCCACCCCAGAGAACGGAGAUAUCUCUCUGACCGUCUCUCCAUCCUCAGCCCAGUCUCCACUGCCUCCUCUCCCCCUGAUAUCAGCCAGACUCAACAAGCAGCUCCACCUGCUGAUCACGGUCCUGCGCAACAACCCUCCACUGUUCCUGGACCUGCUGAAGAACCUCUGUGACGUUUUCAUUCCACUUGACCGCCUCGGUCUGUACCCUACUGGGCCGGGCAUCGUGGGCGCCUGCGGCCUCACGUCAUCUAUCCUGUCCAUCCUCAUCAUAGUUCACCCCUGGCUUAAACUCAAGCCCUGAGAGACUUGUCUAGCACUACAUACUCUGUUUAUGUAGAUCAAAAACUUGUGUGAGGUUUUGUAGAUAGUGGAAAGAAGAAGGUCUUCGUUCCAGUUUAAUUGCAGGUUUGGCAGGACUUUCUUUUCUGUAUGUGUGGAACAAACUUAAAAAAGAGAUGGUGUCGUCUUGGUAAACAAAAAGCGAACAAUAAAGGCUUGUUUAAUGAAGCCUUUUAAGUAAUUGAUGUCUGAGAAUGGCCUGAUCUGAAGUGAAACUGCUUUCAUGUUACCCCAGAAGCUUAAUUCAGCUCAGAAAUACAAAUGACACACUUGUCUCCAUAUACAAUUGACAUCUUUCAUCUCUUGUAUAGUGAAUCUCACACAGAAAUGAGUAUUACUUUACCCAAAUUCUGAAAAGAAACAUCUUGCAUUUUUAUAUCAAAAACAAAGCCUAUUUGUUUGACUUAAGUUUUCUGUGGUUGGCUUUGUUUUGUUAUUUUUAUGAUUAAAAGAUUAAUGCAGGUUCCUGGAAAUUAGUGUUUAUUGUCAUGAAAAUGUCAUGCAAAACUCUUAAUGUUUGUAAUAAUAAUUGCAAUUAAUUAUUAAAUAACCCACACUUUUAAUAUUUUUGUGAGAUUCACCCUAAAAUACUUAAUUUUACUGAUCUUUAAACAUCAUUACCAAAUUUCUAAUUUAUGCUAAACUGAAUUAUACAAGGACACUGCUCAAUUCAUACAUGUCACCUGAAAGUUUAAGGAUCCUUUAUAUGUAUGUGUUAGAAAAUGACAAUGAACGUCUACAAUUUGUUACAAACUAGUUUUUAAACGUGUAACUUACCUUUGCAAUAAUUAAAAAAAUAAAAUAAAGAUCAACCACAAAGGUUGUGCAAAAAGUAACAAGCUAAAUGUACUAUCUUAAGUAUUGAAAAGCGUUUUUGAAAUUAUUUCAAACAGAAUCACUGACGUGUAUCUAAUUUAUGUUGUUAUUCAAAAUGUAUUAUAAGCUAUGGGGAUUUCCUGAAUGUUAAUGCUAUGCAUCACUGAGGUACUGAAUGUUAACCUGCUGCAAAUGUACAUUUUGAAAUAAAUAAUGCCUACAAAUUUAUUGUAACCUAAUCUUGUUAACUUUUGUUAUUAAAGGAGCAGUUAACCAAAA